AUGGACUAAGCCCAAUCUUUUGAACCAGACAAUAAACCUUCUGUGAAUCAAGUGCAUUCGAAUAUCUGCGACAACAAUGAACUUUAAAAAAAUAGUAGCCAAACAAGAAGAGCUUGGUCACUCAAAGAAGACAAUUAACUCAAAUAGGCCAUAAAAAUACAUAGCACCAAUUGGCUAUUAGUUGCAUAGGCAUUACAAAAUCGUAAUCCAUCCCAAUGUGCAUAGAGAUGGAAAAGAAUCAAACCAUAUAAUGUAUUUAUUUUAUGUAAAAUCCAAGUACAAUAUUCGCAAACCUUGGACUGAUAAGGAAGACCAGCUACUAUUGAAGUUGGUCCAGGUGCAUAAGAAAAAUUGGGUUUAAAUAGCCAAAUGCAUACCUAAUCGCACUAGUAAGUAAGUUAGAGAAAGAUUUGUAAAUAAAUUGAAUCCAGAGAUAAAUUCAGAACCUUUUACAAAAGAAGAAGAUAUGAUUAUAGUUGAGGGCUAUAAAAACUUUGGGUCCAAGUGGUGCAAGAUAUCCAAAUUAUUACAAGGAAGGCCUGUAUGAAAAAUGGUUAUUUCUAGGAAAACAUAAUAAAAAAUAGAUAUUAUUCGUACAUUCGAAAGCGUUAUUUCAAUAUUGAGAAUCCCUAUUACGUGAUUCCCAAAACUAAUAAUGAGUUAUAGAAAUCCAUUCAGGAGGAAACAACAAAUAAUAAACAGAGGAGAACUGCCAAAAGGACAAUAGACAAACUAAAAAUACGUAAAAGAUAUACAGUAAUAUAUUAAUUUAUAAAAGAAAUUGUCAAAUAUUGAGUAGGAUGAAUAUAAGAUGAAAAAUAACAAUGAGGAUGAAGAUGAAUAUUUGGAAAAAGAAAAAGUUAGGCUAUAAAUGACAUCAAUUGACGAAAAUAACAAACACCACUUCAGUAAAUUCAUUUCCUAACGUAGGUAAAUUACAAGCAAAAGGUAACUUGGAAUCGUUGCAGAAUCAAUAAAUUGUAAAGGAAGAGCUCUCACACAACUAAAGUCAAGUGAAGUAAGAAGCAGAUUAAGAUUAAGUUGCUAAAUUGGAUCAACUAUAGGAGAGUCUAAAUCUUUCACAGAACUGCUAUGCUCCCUAUCCAUUAAUUUAUAGCACAGCACAACCAUACAAAAUGAUGUACUAUUUCCCUACUCAAAUGCCUGUGCCCUUUAUUCCUCAGUAUUACAUAAAUGCUCCAUAUGUCUAAUAUGGGUUGUAAAGCUAGGAAACUUUGUUAUCUAGAUCAUAAGAGAUAUAAUAAAAAAGUCAGUAAUUAUGA